ACCCAUUUAUUUGUAUUUUUUCUGGUUAUAUUUGCCGCCGUGCUGCAUUCCAAGUUACACAUAUAGUUUUUGGAAAUAUUUUUUGGCUGCGUCAGUUUGGCAAGCGGCGCAAACAUUAACCCAUGGCUGACCUCUGCCUUUUAACGCGCGUGUGUUGGGCAAGGAUUUUUAACGAGUGUGUGAUGAAAAAGUAUGCGAAAAAGUGUGUUAUGGAAAUUCGUUAAUUGGAAAACAAACAUGCAUUUCGCGCAUAGCAGAAACUUAACGUCGACCCUCUUGAUUGGCGGCAUUCUACUGAUGGCUCUGGUUUUGGUACAAAGUAAGGAUCCGAGUUCCCAGGAUGCACCGCAUAUACGACACAAGCGCGGAAUCUUUUGGGACUUCUUCCAGAAGAUGGUCAUCACCAAGAACCUCAUAGUGGAUCAAUAUACAGAUACACGCAACACCCUGAAUGAUAUCUACAAUACUGUGAAUGAACAAUUUAGCGAUCCAGGUCCCGCAAAACCAACCAAUCGGCCCAGGGUGACAACAGAGAAAAUUUCUAUUAGUGGAGAGGAGAAUGGUAGUAACAGCGAGGAACCCACUACUACUACGGAGGCUUUCCAGAUCUCACGCUAUGAACUGGGUCGCAUUCUGGGCAGGAAUUUCCGGGGUCUUCAAAAGUUGGCCAUGAGUGAGUUCAGCACGGCCCUAAACGCCACCAAGUACAAUCUGGCUGAGUACAAAUCCGAGGCGGAUAAACAGUUUGCCAACAGUUUGGCCGUUGAGAAGAAAAACAAGCUGAAGAGUCUCAAGGGCUGAGCCACGCCACGCCCCCUUUUUCCCAGUGCCUGAUGAUAGUUAUCUCUGUGAUAGGCUGAUGACUGCAUAUCCCCCGCAUUUUUUUUUUUUGUGCUUAUUUAUUUGUCCGCAUCCCGGCAUGGAACUAUAUGGAAUAAAAGGCGGAUGUGGAUGCGGUUGUGGAAGUGUCCCCAAACGCAUACGGAUUCGUGUCUACGACUAUUGUGUGUCAAAUUAAAAAGUUUUCUGUCAUAAUUUUAUUGAUAAACUUUUAAGUUAAAAAAGGAGCAGAAGCAUCGAAAAAAAAGCGAAAAACAAACACUGAAGCGGAUGAGAGUAACAGAAAGGACAAGUCUGAAAAUGAAAACAUUGCAAGACGGAAAAGCUGCUGGGUAAAACUGUACACAAAUUGAAAGCCUGUUGUGUUUCCUAUUUUUUAGAUUUUCU